GAGGGAGGGAGUAGUGAUCCUGUGAAGUCUGCCUUUGUUCCUAAACAACCUCCGGCUUUGGGCUCAGCUGGUAAAUCGGGAGGAUGAGGCGCAUCCCGUCUAAUUUAAUCUUCACCACUGGACUGUUGAUGGGAUUUUUCUGCCUUCGGUUUGUAUUUGACUCGAACUUUUCACCACAACAGCGCGAUGUCAGACCCGCUCCACAGCCGGUCCACAAAGAUGAGAAAAACAGCUCAGCAGCUAAUGUUUCCCAAACAACACGGGUCUUAUGUUGGAUCAUGACGGGACCCAAGAACCUGGAAUCCAGAACCAAGCACAUCAGAGAAACGUGGGCCAAGCGCUGCAACAAAGUGCUGUACAUGAGCUCCGUCAAAACUGACUUCCCCACUGUGGAGCUGAACGUGAGCGAGGGGAGGGACAACCUGUACUGGAAGACCAUUCGUGCUUUCCAGUACAUACACCAACACCACCUGGACGAAGCAGACUGGUUCCUGAAAGCAGAUGAUGACACAUUUGUGGUCGUGGAGAAUCUCCGCUACACCUUGUCCAAAUAUAACUCAGAGAAGCCUUUGUACCUGGGCAGAAGAUUUACCCCUUUCAUCAGUCAAGGCUACAUGAGUGGAGGAGCAGGUUACGUCCUCAGUAAGGAAGCACUGAGGAGAUUUGUGAAAGGCUUUGACACCGGGGAAUGUACACACUUCUCCACCAUAGAAGACAUGGCGCUGGGGAAAUGUAUGGAGACUAUGAAGGUGGCGCCAGCAGACUCCAGAGACAUGAAGGGGAGACAAACGUUUCAUCCUUAUCCACCAGACCAUUACCUGGUCAGACAGCCCCCAAGACCACGGCCUUGGUAUCUGCAGUAUGAGCACUACACUCCAGUAGAGCCUUGCAAGUUUGGCAUAGAGGCACAUAGCAGUCCUCCACCUGAGCAGAAUAAGAGCCACUGUCACAAGCUGCAGUACAAGAUGGUGGAGUUACAGUCUGCCUGUAAGACAUGCCC